AACGUAGUAUUGCUGCUCGAACGUACUGACGCUCGGUCAGUGCGCGGAUGAAGCGCGUGCGCAGAUCGCGGUAACAGGCCACGAAAAAAAUAUCGGCGAAUAUUUAGAAAAAAGAUCCGGAUAGUUUUGAAGAGAUCAAGACGAAGUAGAUUAUAAACGUGAUUCAAAAGAAGACAGGCAAAAUGGCUAAGAACGAGGCUUCAAUUAACAUAUUAAGAAAAUUCGUCAUAGACUGUUUUCUUCUAAUUGGAUUGGGAAUAUGUCUAUCUGCUAUGAACAUGCUUUGGGAGCCGUUCCAAAGAGGUUUCUUCUGUGGAGACCAGAGCCUCAUGUAUCCUUAUAAAGAGGACACCGUCACAGUACUUGUUUUAAGGCUUGUUGGCCUUCUACUGCCUAUAUCAGCGUUUCUAAUAUGUGAGUGGACACUCCUGCAUAAGGUGCACGACAGUGAGCGGUGCCUGGGCGUACGCAUCCCUGUUUGGGUGCGCGGGUUCUACAGCACUCUCGUCUGCUUCGCUCUCGGAACCUGCUUCGUUGAAAUCGCUGUUAACAUCUCCAAGAAUGUCAUUGGAAGACCUAGACCUCAUUUCUUUGAUGUCUGCCGACCAUCAAUAAAUUGCAGCUCCUCGGAAUGGAAGGACCGGUACAUCCAGUCAACUGAUUACACGUGCACAGGACUUAACACUGAUCGGUUUGAGGACUCACACAGGAGUUUCUUGAGUGGUCACUCCGCUUGGGCAGCGUACACAAUGUUAUAUUUGGCUCUGUACCUAGAAAGUCGGAUGACGUGGAAGGGGACCAGGUCCCUGCGCCACGCCCUUCAGUUCAUAGCUGUGAUGCUGAGCUGGUUCACAGCGCUGUCGAGAGUCACUGACUUUAAACACCACUGGAGUGACGUACUUGCUGGGUACUCACUCGGGACGGUGUUUGCUGUUGUCAUGUGGGUAUGGGGCACAGACGUAGUUCAGAAGAAGAAGAACAACAGCUCGUUGCCGCAGUUCGAAAUUGCUAUCACCAACCAGUCAAUGCCGCCACAACGUUAAAAAACAGUUUUACUUAACUAAACUCUAAUUAACUAUUCACGAUUAACUUCUUUUGGUAUAUGAAUUUAAGUCUCACUAGCGCCAUCUCAUGGGCACUCUAAGGAACUAUUCACGAUUGACCUAUUCUGGUAAAAGCCUUUAAGUUUCACUAGCGCCAUCUCUUGGGCACAAUUUCUCACUAAGCUGUCAGACUUGUGAAUCUCAAUGCACGGUCAAACCACUAAAAACAGUCUUCUAUUGCUAUCCACGGUUAAACUACUAGCAUAUUCUACUUUAGAGCGGUUUUGCAUAAUAUGAACUGACGUGGUAUAACUGCUGUGAUUUGCCGUAAAAGUUAGGAUAGCGGAGGCUCAAUCCCUAACCGCCAAAAGCCAUCACCCACUGGUUUUGCGGUUGUCUAUAGGCGGUGAUGAUUGCUUAUAAGCAGAUCAAUAUCCUCGUUUACCUAUCCCUUAAAAAACUCUGCAGUUAUUGCAUGCUCUAUUGUAGUAAGUAGUUUAAAAUGUUCAAGUUUAUCAUAAAGGUCUUUUGCUUGAUCUUUGUCAAAUAAUAGUCCCUUACUAGGUGGUCAUUGGUGGACACGGCACCAUUGUAUUCUUCUGGUAGAUUCUGCCAGCGGCUUCAUCCGCUGUAUCCGUUCAAAUAUCCAUCUAUUAAGGCUUAUAAACGUUCGCGUUUAUUAAAAUAUUAGUAGUACUACGCCGUAAGUCAUCACAUCACAGUUUCUAAUUUUCUUCAGAAGAUCUAAAAAGGAAGUAAAUCGUGAAUACUUUUGUUUAGAUAUGUUAACAACUAGUUAUUUUUGUAUAAUAGGCUGUGCAAUAUAAAUAAUACAAACGUUGUAUCAACGUUUAGAUUUAA